AUGACCCAGGCUAGCAACCAGACUCUCGUCUCCCACUUCAUCCUCCUUGGUCUCUUCACCCACUCGCCUCUGCACCUGUUCCUCUUCUCCGUCAUUAUGGUCAUGUUUGUCAUGGCCCUCUCGGGCAAUGGGCUCAUGGUCCUCCUCAUCAGCGUGGACUCCCACCUGCAGAGCCCCAUGUACUUCUUCCUCAGCUGGCUGUCGCUCAUGGACCUCAUGCUCAUCUCCACCAUUGUGCCGCGGAUGGCUACCGACUUCCUCCUCGGCCACGGAUACAUCUCCUUCACAGGCUGUGGAAUCCAGAUCCUCUUCUUCCUCACCCUGCUGGGGGACGAGUGCUUCCUGCUGGCCUUUAUGGCCUAUGACCGUUACGUGGCCAUCAGCAACCCACUGAGGUAUUCAGCAGUUAUGAGUCGUGUCUGUUGGCUCAUGGUGGCAGGAUCCUGGCUCUUUGGCCUAGUGGAUGGGCUGAUCCAAGCUGUCUUCACACUUCGCUUCCCUUACUGUGGCUCUCAGGAGACUGACCACUUCUUCUGUGAGGUGCCUGCAGUACUGAAGCUGGCCUGUGCUGACACCUCUCUCUAUGAGACCAUGAUCUAUGUCUGCUGCGUCCUCAUGCUGCUCUUGCCUUUCUCUGUCAUCUCGGCCUCCUACCUGAGGAUUCUGGUGGUGGUGCUCCGCAUGCGCUCUGCAGACGGCCGGCAGAAGGCCUUGGCUACCUGUUCCUCCCACAUGAUGGUGGUCUCCCUAUUCUAUGGGGCUGCCAUGGUUACCUACAUGCGGCCCCAGGCCUACCACUCUUCCAAGCAGGACAAGGUGGUCUCUGCCUUCUACACAGUGAUCACCCCCAUGCUCAACCCUCUUAUCUAUAGUCUAAGGAACAAGGAAGUGAUGGGGGCUUUGAGGAAACUCCUGGGAAAGUGUCCCUGUGCUGGGGGGUCUCUAGGUUAA